AUGGACGGUUGUGGUCGAGAAAUGCGGGAUCUAGUGGAGCACUGCUACGUUUGCAGGAUCUUGCAUGCAAAACGGGAUUGGGCCCAACUUCCGUCCGUUGGACAUUGCGAUGCCUUCCUAGCCCAGAUGCCGACCUACUACAAGACGGCCAUCGAUUUCUAUGCUGUUGGAGAUAAGUGGAAGGUGAUGUCGGCGUGUUGUCUCUAUAGUAAGCACAUCAGUCUAUUCCGAGUGGCCAAUGAAUCGGCUAGCGAAGCUCUGAGGGUUCUCCGUUUACUCAAGUUGAGAACGGGAUCGGUUCGAGUCGUCGUAUGUGAUCGUGCUGCCUAUUUUCGGACCGAGGAGAACUUCAUCUCCAAAGUCGGCUCUGAGAUCAAUGCGAAGGUGCACCUUAUCUCCAGCCGAGCUCCAUGGGAGCUGGGAUCUGAGAAGCUACAUGGUAUAGCGAGUGAUAGACUCCGAGUGAUGUUACGUCAUGUUGGAGGACGAUGGCCUUCCAAUCCUGACGAGCAGGAUGAGCUGUUGGAGGAGGUCAUGCUGUUGCUCAACACGCGUCCUCUCGGCCAAUUCUAUGUAUCCGAGCAGGGGGCGGAUAUCAUCACUCCCGACACUCUCCACUGGGGACGCACUCGCUCAAGAGGUUGUAUUGAGGUGGUUCGAGAGUCAUCCAAUGGUCACGAGUCCCUUUGUCCAAAUCGCGUUCGAGCGGUGAGGAGCUGUUUCAUGCAAUGGUUGUGGCGUGACCUGAAGGAUCGAUCUCUCAUUGCCGUUGGCCAGAAAUGUCGUUCGCGUGCCCGAGAUGGUAAUGCUCGAGGUUCCUAUCGACCUGGUGAUUGUGUACUCGUACAUAUCGGGGGUGGUCGAAAGUUGAGCAUGAGCUUCAGAAUGGGACAUAUCAUCGAGUGUCUCUCUGGGCGCCGGGUCAGAGUACGACUGGUCAAUGGACUGGUAACGACUGAGAACCUCUACAACAUUGUUAUGCUCUAUCCUUAUGCUGGUAACGAGCUGGGCACUGCUGUGGUCUCUAGAGAAGGUAUGUAUAUCGACGUUAAGAAAGAUUCUGAGUGGCGAGCUGCACGAGUGACCUAUGAUCCGUGCGACCGUACUGACAAACUAUGGAUAUGGUUCCUCGAUGGUAACAACGAUACUCCUAUUAUGGUACGCUUGGAUAGUAUCGAGUGGAGGCUCUCCUCUGAUACUUGUGGUACACCACAAGGGGGGCGUGAUGGCGCUGCCAUUGGUCAACGCAUAUCCGUAGCCUAUAUCGUGUUGCGUAAGCGACAAUGGUUCUCUGGAGUCAUCGUGAGGUCUCGCUCGCCCAAUAUUGUUACUAUUGCUUUCGAUAACGGAUAUGUUGAUGAGAUUGACCUAUCGACUACUGAAUAUAAACUAAACACCCGUUCGUAG